CCCUAACAGGGCCGCUGAACGAACCUCGACUGCCGGAUCGUGGAUCGGAGGGUACACAGCAGUUUGGCGGUAUCUGUCCCAGCCACCGAGGCGUCGCAAAAUCAAGUUGAUAAGUAAUCGCAGUGAAAGCGAGAGGCGAGAAGAAACGAUGUUGGACGAUCAUGUCGCCCCAAAAAGCGCGGUCCCGCCGUCCCACCAUCCUUCCUCGACCAAUAAAGGCGCGGGUCCCACAGCCUUUUCGCUAGCCAAUUCGCUCUCGGAUCGCCUGCAACGCUAGUUGGGCCAUCCCGCUCCAACGUAUCAUCCUGACGAUCCAAUGUUCCGUUACACGGUUACAGUCAGCCAGAUGAGUUGUGAGAAAGGCAAGCGUGUUGGCUAAAUUGGAGCGGAACGCCGAGGUGGGAAUGACGGCAGCAGUGCCAUCAGAGAGUUAGCUAAGCUGCCAUAUUUGCCCCGAGAGUUAAGAUACGGGGCAUCGCACAAAUACCGUCGUCGUCGUCUUUAACCUCGUAAAAUUAGCAAAAUUAAGCUGUCGCCCAAAGAAAACAAAUAACUGAGAUUUGGAAGAAGAAGAAAUAGAGAAAUGGAAAGCAAGGCGGAAGGAAAGGGAGGGUACUGGGCGGCGCUGGACCCGCGGCGGUGCGACUCGUGCAAGGGGGUCGCGGCACGGGUCUAUUGCCGAGCGGACACAGCGUACCUCUGCCGCGGGUGCGACGCGCGCGUGCACGGAGUGGCGUCCCACCACGAGCGCGUCUGGGUGUGCGAGGUCUGCGAGCAGGCGCCGGCCGUCGUUACCUGCAAGGCCGAUGCCGCCGCUCUCUGCCACGCCUGCGACGCCGACAUUCAUUCCGCCAACCCCCUCGCUGGCCGUCACGAACGAGCCCCGGUCGUACCCUUCGUCGAGCCCCUCUCUGACGUCCAACUCAAACCCUCCUCCGCCGCCGCCGCUGCAAGCGGUGGCUCGUUCCCGGUCGAGGGAAACAACGACGUGGAUGCGGCGGCGGCGGCCUCCUGGCUCCUCUCGUCCCAAGGGCAUACCAGCUUCAAGAGUUUGAUCGGGGCGGCUGAUCUCAAAUCAACAGACUAUUUCUUCUCGGAUGUAGAUCCGUACCCGGAUCUGGAGUACGCCACUUCGAUGAACGCUCGAUUCCCCCAGUCGGACAGCGUGGUUCCCAUCCACACCAAGGCGGGCAGUUACGAUGGUGGAGUCCCGCCUCUUCCGUCGUUCCAGCUCCCAUUGGGUGGCUGCAUAGAACUCGAUUUCGCUACGUCCAAGGCCUCCUAUAGUUCCCACACCAGCCACUCCAUAAGCCAUAGCAUGUCGUCUUCGGAGGUCGGCGUGGUGCCGAAUGGCAGCGUGAUGGUGGACGUCAACAAUCCCUACCCUGGAGUGACCGGGAAGGCGGCGGAGCAAAUGGACCGUGAGACGAGGGUGAUGCGAUACCGGGAGAAGAGAAAGAACCGUCGAUUCGAGAAAACGAUCCGGUACGCGUCGCGGAAGGCGUACGCGGAGACGCGGCCAAGGAUCAAGGGCCGGUUUGUCAAGCGGACGGACAUCGAGGCGGAGGUCGACUGCAUCUACUCCUCCGCAGCCGCCGCCGCCGCGGCGCUCAUGGCGGACUCCGCCUACGGCGUCGUCCCAUCCUUUUGAGAGCGAGCGAUCGAUCGAUCGCCGCUCGUAACUUGUAAGACGCAACCAUAUUCCACCCUCUGUUCGUUCGCCCUUUUCCUCCUCAUAUUAUAUAUAUGCCUAAAAAUAAGAUGUAAACCUUCUGAUGCCGUGGGCGCUCGAAUCUUGAUGUUCCAUUUUUUUGGAGGGCUUUUUAACCAUUUGGUUUUUUGGUUUUUCUCA